GCGAAUACGCCGGUGCCGCCAUAGCCAUAUUGUUUGUUCGCUCGCCACUCACGCUGUUUCUCUUCGGCAGAUCAAUACUGACGGGCGAAUUUCUGCGAAUUUUUCUGCUCGAAGGACCGACUGACGGUGCAGAAUGAGUUACGGAAGACCCCCUCCUAGCAUAGAGGGCAUGGUGUCCCUGAAGGUGGACAACCUGACGUACAGGACGACACCCGAAGAUUUGCGUCGCGUGUUUGAAAAAUACGGCGAAGUUGGAGACAUUUACAUACCGCGAGACAGAUUUUCCCGGGAAAGCCGUGGAUUCGCCUUCGUCCGUUUCUACGACAAGCGAGAUGCCGAGGACGCACUUGAUGCCAUGGAUGGACGGAUUCUCGAUGGCAGGGAGCUCAGAGUUCAAAUGGCCAGGUAUGGAAGACCAUCUUCACCAUACCGCAGACACGGACGGUCUCGUCGUGGUGGUGGUGGUCGAAGCAGAUCAAGGUCAAGGUCUCGUUCCCGUAGGAGUCGCAGCAGAAGCCGUAGCCGCCGUAGGUCUUACAGCAGGUCCAGGUCCCGGUCGGACAGCAAGAGUUCCAGGGGAAAGAGCCCUAGGAAAGCCAGCAGCCGUUCUCCGGAGAGGGAGAAGAGUGGCAGCCGAGACCGCAGCAGGUCCCGUUCCAAAUCGCACUGAUUUAAAAAAAAGGUUUGCAAGUGGACUUCGUGAAAAUUAUGAAGCAGCUGAAGAUCCUUCACUCCAAGAGAGGGGAGCUUAAGAGGGGUUAGGAAAAAGUAAGCGGUAGGAGGUGCUGUAGGUGCUCCCUGCCAGGUACUUAGCCUUUCCUCAACUCUUAUCGACACAAAUCAUUCCCCUGGGAGUCCACUUAGCCAUGCAAUCCAACAUCUCUAAAUAUAAAAUGAUACUAAAUGCUGACGAUUGCUAUUUUAAGAUUUAAAUUAAAUGUGUAAAGCACUCAUUACGAGUGACCUCAUGUUGUUCAGAUGUGUGCAAACAAAUUAAUUCAAAAACUUUAUAAAUAUCCAAUGUGACCGACCUUGUCCUGUUCGCGAUGGGCUUAGAUAUUAUUUUUUUGUUUGUAAAGUACAACCAUUGCAUCUAUAGUAAUCAUUGGCUAAAUCUUAUCAUUAGACGAUGUAGCUCUCACGUAACUUUAUUGUGUAAACUAAAUUGCAGUUCAUGUUCUCCUUCGUUGAAGUGCUAACCCUCAUUUUUUAACUACAGGCGCGGGUGGUGUAUCAGAGAAAGCAGUGUUGCUGUUGUGCAGCUGUUGCUGUGCGGGGGUUUGGAGACACGAGUUGCUGUAGUAGCUGAAUUACCCUCGCCUCUGAACCUUGCCCUACCCAGAUUCCACCCCCGAAAACCCUGAAUUGUAUAAAUUCUCGCAACCAAAAAUGGGGCCGAGUCUUGAAAAGUAUUAAUUUGAUUGACGCCUUCUCACCAAGGCCGAAAUCAAAUGUUUAAAAAAAAACGCUGAAGAAGGAAAAUAAGAAAAAAAAGUUCUCCACACCCUAACGGGGGGCAUUUUAUGCGCGCUGAUUAUUUUCUGCAUAUGAUUUAUUAUUUUUGGUUCAUAGCAGGUCAAUUACUUUUUAAGUGGUAAGUAAGCAAGCAAGAACGUAUAAAACUUAUUUUUGCAAAACCUGGACAGGAAGCAAGAAAAUGGCAUUUGACUUUUAUGCAGACGCUAGAAGAAUGAGAAAGUCAAAUUGUAAAUCACUCGCAGAUCCAAUAAAAUUGGCAGAUUCUUGUUUUAA